UCCUGCCCGCGGACGAUUCUAGACAUGACGCGGCGUGGGGGGAAUAAUUGUUUUUUCCCCGCUUGAUUUUGCAAAUUAAAUUGUAACAUGCCUGGCUGUGCGGUUUGGGGUUGUUCAAAUAACAACGAAAAGACCGGCAGUUCUGUUUCGUACCACAGAUUUCCAGUGAAUGACGAAAGGCGCCAGAAAUGGCUGUUGCAAUGCGGACGUGACGCGCACACAGACAGCUCAAGCUUGCGGAUCUGCUCCGAACAUUUCGCGGACGAAGACUUUGAAAGAGACUUGCAAGGCGAAUUGAUGGGACUACCUUUAAAAAGACGCCUAAAAAAAGACGUCGAUCCUCAUGUCAAUUUGAUUAAAAUCAAACAAGAACCCAUCGACGAAGAUGAGUAUUACCAAGCAGACGACCCGAUGAGUCCUCGGACUACUUGGGGGCAAAAUGAGGUAGAAAAUUCCAACUUUCAAGAUGACUUCACCAAUGACAAUAGUAAUCCUUCCGAAAUGCCUCCUAUAGAGCAAAUUGGUGUGGUUGCUGCAAACAUCCAAGUGCCUUUUGAAGUGAGUUCAAGUUCUCAUCAUGUGCUAUCAUCCUUACCAGCCAGUCAAAAUUGGCCUGGUGAUUAUGGGUUUACUGUGUCAUUCAAUCAACAAGAGAAAAACACGAAAGGAGUGGCAUGGACGUUUUCUAAAAUAAAGGACAAACUUUAUGUUGGCAAGGAUGUUGCAUGUCCCAUUAAUUUCUCGGUGAAUACAGUUUUGCCUGAUGACUUUUGUGUGAGAGCCAUGGCCCUUUAUAGUUCUCCCGAGCAGAUAUCUGACGUUGUGCAGCGGUGUGUAAACCACUCAAUGGAUGAGUUACGCAAAGGUCUUGUAGAAGCACAACACCUUAUUCGAUGUGACAGCAGCAUGGCCUCGUAUGAAAUUGAUCCUAUAACACUUCGUCACAGUGUAAGCGUACCAUUUGAGAACCCCCAAGCUGGACAAAAUUUUUCUACAUACAUAUACAAAUUUGCAUGCUUUGGAUCAUGUUCAGGAGGACCUAAUCGAAGACCAUUGAUGAUAGUAUUUACUCUUGAAAGAAAAAAUCAAGUUGUUGGUCGUCGAAAAAUUGAUGUCAAAAUAUGUGCAUGUCCCGGACGAGAUCGUAAAUCAGAAGAAGACCAGUUCUCAGAAGCAAUGGGAAGACACGUAUCAGUAAAAAGGAAAGAACCUGCAGAAUUUGUUCAUUUGUCUGAUACUUUGGAGUUUACAAAAAGUGUUGUUUACCCACCACCUAAGAAGACUAAAAAAGCACCCAACAAAGAUGGGCAUUAUACAGUCACAGCAGAUGAUUACGAAUGUUAUGAAUUUUUAAAGAAUAUGAAGAAAUUAUAUGAUAUUUGCAAAGUGAUGAAGAAUUUACCUCCAGAUAUUAAAAGAGCCCUCAUUCGUCAACAAAGAAAAAACGAAGAAUGAGAUGAGUAGAAUCUGAAUUAAAGUGAAGUCGCUGCGUUUUUAAUUGAUUAGACGAAUUACAUGUGUAUCAUUUUUGUUCAUAUUAAUUUAUUUGAAUGCAUUUAAAAGUGGAACUUUUGUAGUAUUUGACAAACAUCAGGAUGCAUGCAAUAUAUACUCAAAUCAUUACCUAUCAUUAUAAAAUAAAAUUAUGUUUCAUUGUAAUAAUGUAUAUUAUAUUAACUUGUUUAUUGAUUCAAUUUAUAAAAAUUUUGCGCAUCACACUAUGUAUUAAUGAUGUGCCUCAUGACUUAGUGAAUAGUUGUGCAACAAAAUACUAAUGUUUUUAAUAAGAAGAAAUCAAACAGACAGACUGGUCUGUGAUUAAAUUUUCAUACUUUAGGUGGUAGUACUUAUGUUGAGUGUUAUUGCUUUUUUUUUUGUUAUUGAUUAUGUAAAUAUAUAUCAUCAUAUUUUUAUACAAUCAUAUUUCAUAUACACUAUUGACGUAUUGCUUCAACAUUAAGGUUUUUAUGUUAUUGUACCUCAAAUAUUAAACUGUUUAUAAUCAUUUAUAUGGUGUGAUUUUUUGCCCCCAACCUCAUAUGUGAGUACCAUUCAACACAAAAGUGGUUCAUUUUGUUAAAUGCUUCAAGAAAUCAAAUUUUCAGGGUCAUUUCAUGCUGUGCACAGUUUGUAUUUUACUAAUUGUAGCUUUUUGACAAAGUAUGGAAGUGACUAACCUUAUUAAUGAACUCCCUUUUUUUAAAAAAUUUCCUUAUUCAGCUUCAAUAGUGCUUUUUUGAGUUGUAGUUUAUGACUUGAUAUUUGGUUUCAAACAUUUCUGACCAUAUGAAGACAAAAAAUGUAAUAUGAGAGCCCCAUUGUCCAUUUACUCCUAUAGAUUAUACAAUCUUCUCCACGUUUUGUUUUAUGGCGUUAAUUUCAAAAGUGAAAUUUCAUACAUAAAUUCUUUUCCCCCAUUUAAAAUAGCUGUACUUACACUACAGAGCCUGUGCUCUGAGUUAUUACCCACCAAUUGGCACUUAUAUAUGUAUUCUCGAAAUUAUUGAAUUUAUGUUUUUGGGGAGCACACUAAAUUUUAAGCAAAUGAACUUGAAAUUGUCUAUUUAUUUCUUUGGAAUAUUUUGUAUUUUCCACAUUUAGAACCUUUAUUAGGUUUUUUUUUCUUUUCUUUUUUUUAAAUGCUAUUUU